CGCGAAAGAGGUUUCGUCCGUGCGCGCGCUUGUCGAAAAAAAAGUAAGUGUCAAGUUUUUUCGUAUUUCAAGGUUGGCCCUACGCUUUUUUGCGAAGUCGACCCGUGCAACGAGAACAAAAUGAAGAGUUUACUGGUGUUUUGUCUGCUCGUCACCAUCUACGGAGCCCUGGCCAAGACCAAGAAGUCUGAAGACAAAGUAAAGAUAGCGGUGUACUACGAGUCCCUCUGCCCGGACAGCAAGAAGUUCAUCACGGAGCAGCUGGCGCCCGUCUGGAGGGACUUCCGAGGAGUCGUCAAGGUCAAGCUGGUGCCUUACGGCAAGAGCACGCACGACAAAGUGGACGGCAAAUGGCAGUUCAUCUGCCACCACGGACCUGAUGAAUGCUACGGAAAUAAGGUGCAAUCGUGCAUCCUGAAGGACCGCAAGCUGCAGGACACGGAGAAGAUGGAGCUGGUCAUCUGUCUCAUGGGCCAGGCGCAGCCCGACAAGUCGCUCGACACGUGCCUCGCCCAAGUGAAGAAAGAGUCAGAAUCCACCAAGCUGAAGACCUGCGCGAGCGGCGCGCAAGGAGACUCGCUGCUCGCGACGUACGGAGACAAGACCGACACCGUCCAGAGGCCGCUGGGAUUCGUGCCCACUAUUGUUAUCAAUGAGAAAUUCGAUCAGGCCAAUCAGGAUGAGGCGUUCACCAACCUGCGCGGCCUGGUGUGCCGCGUGGCCGUCAACAAGCCGUCCUUCUGCUGAUCACCUACCCUACUUAACUUGUACUCUAGUAUUAAAUUAUUAUUUUUAUACGUA